CAUCACAACUUUGUGUGUAUUCAUGACUUAUCUAUCCUAUGAAUCGUCAACAAAGACACAGACGUAGAUAUGGAUGACAUUCACGGGAAAUCGCUUGUCAUGUAUUUUAUAUUAUUUUUAUGUCUUGUAUCACUUGCGGGAUGUGAUAAAUACCGGAUCGGAGUGGGAAUCGGCGAUAUCACUGGCCCCGCCGCUGAUAUUAACAUGAUGGGUUACGCAAAGCCGGGUCAGGACACCCAUGGCAUCCAUUUAAGACUCUUCAGCAGAACCGCUAUCAUUGAAGACCUCUCGGGAAACAGAGUUUGUUUCGUCUCAUCGGAUAUCGCAAUGAUUUCACAACUCCUUAAAUUAGAGGUGGUCAAAGUUCUGGAGCAGAAAUACAAAGGGGUGUACACUAUAAACAACGUGAUGCUGACCUCCACGCACACCCAUUCAGGUCCGGCCGGAUUUCUGCAAUACAUUCUGUAUAUAAUAUCAUCGCAAGGAUUCAUUGAACAAAACUUUAAUGCCAUCAGAGAUGGUUGCCGAAUACGGUUGUUAUGCUUCCUCCAAAGGGAUAGAUAUGACUACAACACCGACAAGAAUAUGACUGUCCUUAAGCUGACCGAUAGUAAUGGUCGGGGUUUGGGUGCGAUCUCGUGGUUCGCAGUUCACGCCACGUCUAUGAACAACACCAACAAACUGAUUAGCGGUGAUAAUAAGGGCUACGCCUCGCAACUCUUUGAACAGGACAUGAAUGGGGGUUCACUCCACGGGAAGGGGCCAUUCGUGGCGCUGUUCCCGCAGUCCAAUGAGGGCGACGUCUCGCCUAAUAUUAAUGGACCCUUUUGUUUGGACACUGGAUUGCCGUGCGAUGCCAUCACCAGUACUUGCGGUGGACGGAACGAGAACUGUGUGGCCUCUGGUCCGGGCAGUGAUAUGUUUGAAAGCACUAAAAUCAUUGGUUACCGGCAGUACGCCAAAGCCAAAGAGCUGUACAACGGCGCCGACACUCAACUGUCCGGAAAAGUGCAAUACAUUCACCAAACGAUAAACAUGUCUGACGUGACCAUUCAAUUUCCGGACAAUACGACUGGAAAGACAUGUGCGGCGGCCAUGGGUUAUAGUUUUGCCGCCGGAACCACCGACGGACCUGGUGCUUUUGACUUUCGUCAGGGUGACACGAGUACGAGUCCCUUCUGGAAUUUGGUCCGCAAUCUAAUCAGGACACCAUCGAAGCAGAUAAUUGAGUGCCAAACCCCUAAACCUAUUCUGUUCCCCACGGGAGAGAUGAAGUUCCCGUAUUUGUGGGAACCGUCUGUAUUGCCGACACAGAUAUUCAGGAUCGGAGGCCUUCUUAUUAUAGCGGUUCCCGCGGAGUUCACUACAAUGUCCGGCCGUAGACUUCGAGAUGCAGUCAAAGUGGCCUUUGAUAAACACGUGCCAAACAGUGAUGUGGAUGUUGUGAUCGCAGGUCUGGCCAACGCUUACUCGUCGUAUGUGACGACUUUUGAAGAAUACCAAAUCCAACGCUAUGAGGGCGCCUCCACUCUGUUUGGUCCGUACACUCUGGACGCGUAUAUUCAACAAUACAGUAGAUUAGCCACGAGUUUAGCCAAAGGCGUGUCAGUAGAUCCGGGACCCGCCGAACCCAAUCUUCUAAGUCAACAAAUAUGUCUCAAACCGGGCGUUAUAUACGACGGCGCGCCGUUCGGCAAGAGGUUUGGCGAUGUGUUGGCGGACGCCAACGACCGCUACAGUCCCGGUGACAGAGUUAAAGUGACUUUCGUGAGCGCCAACCCCAGGAAUGACGUGAGAGCUGAGAGCACUUUCCUCGCCAUAGAGAGAUUGAAUGCCACCUCUUCUAAUUGGACUCUCAUUGCCACCGAUGCCAACUGGGAGACCAGCCGCUCUCACUUCACCUAUAACAAACCCUAUAAGGAGUCCUAUAGCUCCGGCCGUUCAAUCGGGUCAGACAUUUUGGGAACAGUAAGAAUUUGA